GCGUGAGAUAUCUUUUAACGAAAUACUUAGGAAAUAGAGGACAGUUUGAACAGUGUUUUGGUUGAAAAGCGAAUGGAAUAUAGAGUUGGGCUCAAUGGACAGUCAAAUACAAGCUCAGACCAUAAUCGUCAUUCAUCCUGGUUCCUUGUUUAUACGUGUGGGGAGGGCUUCAGAUUUAAACCCCCACACUGUUCUUCACGCUGUUGCAAGGAGGAGGUUACCUGGUGGAGCAGCAUAUCAAGACUACUUUCUACCAAAUCAAAGGAAAUUCUUCAUGAAAUGGAAGAAUGCAGACUGCAGAUAUCACACACUCUCCAGUCAUGCCUUCAGUCAGACGGCCGUAGGCGCUAUGCUACACCGCCACAACAAAUAGCUGCUUUUAACAGACAGUCCAGUGCAGAAGAAUUACCUAACUCAGAGCCACCAGUAUGGACAGUGCCUGAUACAGAUGUUGUUGUUGGUGAUGAGGUAAUGCACAUAAAUCCAAAUUUGGAUUACAAUAUUCACUUCCCCUACAGACGUGGGGAUCUAAAUAUUCAUGCUGGUCCUGGUGGUUCAAUGAGUGGUGUCUUAGCUGACCUGGAGACAAUUUGGAGUUGGAUAAUUAAAAACAGAUUAGAUAUCCCACUUAAGGAUUUACGACACUAUAGAGCUGUUCUUGUAAUACCAGAUAUAUACAACCGACAACACCUAAAGGAGCUAACAACAUUACUGCUGUGCAAAAUUGGUUUUGGAGGAUGUUUUCUGUUGCAGGAUCAUGUAGCAGCUACAUUUGGUGCUGGCCUUGGUUAUGCCUGUGUUGUGGAUGUUGGCGACCAAAAGUCAUCAGUAUCCUGUGUUGAAGAUGGAAUUUCCCACAAAAAUACGAGGGUUCGUAUGGACUAUGGUGGAGGAGACAUCACUCAGGCAUUUUUAUGGCUUCUACAGAAAUGUGCUUUUCCAUACAGAACAUGCAACCCAGACAGUAAACUUGAUGCUAUGCUUCUUCGUCAACUGAAGGAAAAUUUUUGUCAUGUGAAUUUGGAUAUUUGUGGUUCACAAGAAAAGUCAUUUGUUCUGAAGCAGCCAAACCGACCAACAAGAAAAUACACAUUGCAGGUUGGGGAUGAAUGCAUAGUGGCACCUCUGAGUUUGUUCCAACCUGAAUUGCUUGCAGUCACUGGGCCAAAACAAGUACACAUUCAGAAACGAUCUACUGGAGACCCCGAGGACCCUCAUGAUGAUAAUUAUUUGCGGGAAACAAGUAGACGGGGAGCGAAAGAGGCCCUGGAACCUUUGUCAGGUGGUUUUGCUGGAAGUGAACUGGAUGGCAUGAAUGCAGGUCUAGACUGCAGUGGUGUUGGGGGACAGACAGGUGAAGAAGAUAUAGUAGUGGAUGCUAUGGAUGCAACAGUUCCAACUACUGUUCGAGAUGCUGAUACAAAAGAAUUUGUUGUUGGGCCAGAACAGGUUCUUGGUCUUGAUCAGGCUAUUCUACAAAGUAUUGAUCGUUGCCCUACCGACGAUCUCAAGAGAAAAAUGUAUGGUUGUAUCUUGAUAGUGGGAGGUGGCAUGAAGUUCCCUGGAAUAGGAACAUGGCUGCAGAAUCGAAUCUGUCUUCAGAUUCCGUACAUGUAUAGAGCCGAACAGUUGGACAUCAUCACAAAUCCAAAAGAAAUGGAUCCCCAGAUAACUACUUGGAAGGGUGCAGCCAUAAUGUCCUGUUUAGAAUCAGCACAAGAGCUUUGGUUGUACCCAAAUGAGUGGCAAAAAAUUGGAGUAAAACUUUUGAGAGAGAGGGCACCAUUUAUGUGGUAAAAGAUUUUAUUCCAGUCCAUCAUCUCAGAUACUGUUAUAAAACAGUAUGCAAUUUUGUGUAAAAGAAGAAGACUGCUAUCUUCGGUGGAGAGAGAGAGAGAGAGAGAGAGAGAGAGAGAGAGAGAGAGAAUUUGUGUGUUGAGAAAACAUAUAAUCUUUUAUUUAAAAGUUUAAGAACACUACCAAAACAAAUUAUACACGACAGAUUUUCAGGGUCAGUGUUAACAUUCUAGGUGAUAAAAUUUUGGUCAUAUUACUUUCACAGAUUUUUUUCUGUUCAUGCGCGAAUAUCUGUUGCUGAUGUAAUAGAAGGUGGAAUUUCAACUAUAGUAACUAUGAAAUUCUCUAAUACUAAAGAACUUUGUUACUGAAGCUAUAAUUUUAUUCUAAAAAUAUAAUUAAUACCUGAUAACUUAAGGGAAAAAAUGAUGCAGUGACCAAUGGAAAAGUGUUGCGAUUCAAUUAAAAUGUAAUUCCAUAUAGAUUUGACUGAUUAUGAAGAUGUGUCACCACUAUAAAGUAAAUUGAUGCGUAGUUAAGUAUAGAAAUGCAGCAUUAUCCAUGUGCUCUCUCUCUCUCUCUCUCUCUCUCUCUCUCUCUCUCUCUCUCUCUCUCUCUCUCUCUCUCGCUCUCUGCCUCUCAAAAAAAACAUAGCCUGUGCUGUCAUCAUAAGAUAGUAGUAAGGCUUCUUUAAUUGUGUGGAUAGCAAGUUUCAUCACAUAAUGAUUCAAUUAUCAUGCAGACUUUUGAAACUGACAGUGUAAAGUAUUAGUUUUUAUUACUGUGAGUGGUAUCUGCUGUCACUGAAGUAAAUAAAAUAAAAAGAAAUUAGGUAUUUUCUGAUCUUGAUCACUUGUUAUUGUGUUAGAAAGUGUAAUAUAGUCAUCUACGACAAUGUACUGAAACCUGUAAUUGUGAUAGUGUAUAUGAGUUCAAGACUGGAAAAAUAAAAGAGUUGUUGAACAUA